AGCAUCAGCGUUCACUGACUAGCUCGCUAGGUUGUUAGCUACUCAGUUCGGGCUCAGACGGAAAAACUAAGCCUGCGUUCCUUCGUGUUUUACGGAUUGGAUGUAGCGUGUUAUUCUGACAAGCUGCAUGGAAAAUAUUCUUAACAAUGAAGAGAAUGGAAGAAUAUGAUUGAAAUUUAAGGGGGCGGUGCACUACAGAGGAAAAGGGUUCGGAGCUCGUGGACAUUUUUUUGCCUUUUGUAUUUCCUUGCCUGGUGCCGUGGUGGUGUUGUGGACAUUUUGGAUGCUUUCUUUUAAUGCUCGGUCGAGAAUUUUUACCGAUUUGAUUGAGAGUCUUAUCAUGUCAAAGGUGUAUUUUAUUUAGUUAGCUAGCUUUCAUCAUUCUUUUCAUGGUUAAACACAAAUUCAAUACGAUAAACAACUUUUGGGAGAUUGAAUCGGACGAAAGAAUGUUAUUGUGAUUAUUCAAAAAGCUUUUUAUGCAGAAUUUCACAUACCAUAACAACUUAAGUUUUGUGUGGAUUCUUAUCACCUCCCGGACUAUAUCAACUUAUAAAGUAACUAAUAAUACGACAACGAUAUAUUGCUAGUGAGCUACAGUUAAGACAGCUAAUGAAUGCCUCAGCAUUGCUUCUUCCCCGUCCAUUGCCAGCCAGCUAACCGUAGCUGAACAGAUAAGCUUCAGCUCUCCUGGUGAAUCUGUCACCUGCCACUACCUUGGAUCCAGGUCCCGGUCAUAAAUGACAAGAGCCUGAGGAUGUCGAAGCGGAACCUGUUUGUGCGGCUGGUGCCGUGCCGCUGCCUGCGGGGCGAGGAGGAGGCGGUGACGUCGCUGGACUACUCUCACUGCAGCCUGGAGACGGUGCCCAAGGAGAUCUUCAACUUCGAGAAGACCCUGGAGGAGCUGUACUUGGACGCCAACCAGAUCGAGGAGCUGCCCAAGCAACUGUUCAACUGCCAGCUACUCCACCGGCUGAGCAUGCCAGAUAACGACCUCACGGUGUUGCCCGCGGCCAUCGCCAACCUCAUCAAUCUCAGGGAGCUGGACGUCAGCAAGAACAGCAUCCAGGAGUUCCCUGAGAAUAUCAAGAACUGCAAGGUACUGGCUAUCGUCGAAGCUAGCGUGAAUCCCAUAUCCAAGCUUCCAGAAGGAUUCACCCAGCUCCUCAGCCUGACCCAGCUCUACCUGAACGAUGCCUUCCUGGAGUUCCUGCCUGCCAGCUUCGGCAGGUUGACCAAGCUGCAGAUCCUGGAGCUGAGAGAGAACCAGCUGAAGAUGUUGCCAAAAAGCAUGCACAAACUCACACAGCUGGAGCGACUGGACCUGGGGAGCAACGAGUUCACUGAAGUGCCUGAGGUGUUGGAGCAGCUCACAGGGAUCAAGGAACUAUGGAUGGAUGGGAACCGACUCACCUUUCUACCUGGGAUGCUGGGGACUCUGAAGCAGCUGGCUUACCUUGACGUGUCCAAGAACAACCUGGAGAUGGUGGACGAGCAGAUCUCUGGCUGUGAGAACCUGCAAGACCUGCUGCUGUCCAACAACGCUCUCACACAGCUGCCUGGCUCCAUAGGCUCCCUGAAGAAGCUAACUGCUUUGAAGGUGGAUGAGAACCAGCUUAUAUACCUCCCAGACUCCAUUGGCGGGCUGGCAGCGCUGGACGAGUUGGACUGCAGCUUCAACGAGAUCGAGGCUCUGCCCCCGUCCAUCGGGCAGUGUGUCAGCCUGCGCACCUUCGCGGCCGACCACAACUUCCUGCCUCAGCUGCCGUCCGAGAUGGGCAACUGGAAACACGCCACCGUGCUGUUCCUCCACUCCAACAAGCUGGAGUCCCUGCCGGAGGAGAUGGGCGACAUGCAGAAGCUCAAGGUUAUCAACCUCAGCGACAACAAGCUGAGAAACCUGCCCUACAGUUUCACCAAGCUGAGCCAGAUGACCGCUAUGUGGCUGUCGGAGAACCAGUCCAAGCCCCUCAUCCCCCUGCAGAAGGACGAGGACCCGGAGACCCACAAGACGGUCCUCACCAACUACAUGUUCCCCCAGCAGACCCGCACGGAGGAGUACAUCCCCAACUCGGACAGCGAGAGCUUCAACCCCUCUCUCUGGGAGGAGCAGCGCAAGCAGCGGGCGCAGGUGGCCUUCGAGUGUGACGAGGACAAGGACGAGAGGGAGACGCCUCCGAGGGAGGGCAACCUGAAGCGCUACCCCACGCCGUACCCCGACGAGCUGAAGAGCAUGGUGAAGACGGCCCAGUCUGUGGCCCACCGCCUCAAGGAGGACGAGUCGAGCGACGAGUCGGGGAGAGACGCCAGGCCCAGCGAGCGGAAGCACGUGGGCGUGCAGGACGUGGGCGUCAAGGUGAUCGAGGGUCCCUGUGCCAACGGCAAACCACUAGAGAUGGAGCCCAAGGCGCCCAUCUACGUAGAGGACUCCACGGCGCCGCUCUCCAGGGACACCUCGGAGUCCUUCAACUCCCAGAAGACCUCGCUGCAGAGCUCGGACAACACCAGGACCAUGAUGAACCACGAGGACACCCUCGAGGACUCGGACGAGCUGUCGUCGGAGGAGGACGAGAUGAAGGUGGCGGAGAUGAGGCCCCCGCUGAUCGAGAUCUCCAUCAACCAGCCCAAAGUGGUGGCCCUAAGUAAGGACAAAAAAGACGACGGGAAAGACGCCGACUCGUUGCUGGACGACACGGUCGCCAACAGCAACCAGAACAACAGCAACUGCUCGUCGCCGUCGCGCAUGUCCGACUCGGUGUCCCUGACGACGGACAGCAGCCAGGAUAACUCCCUCUGCACCCCGGAGAGAGAGACCAAGAUGCCCUUCAUCCCCAAGACCAGACAGGAGGACGAGAACAUGAACCAGAGGAUGGAGACGGCCCCCCUGCUCCAGAACGGCAACGGCUCCGACACGUCCCUGCAGGCCCUGCUCAAGAGCCAGCAGCAGGGCUACGACAAGCCCGAGCAGCCCGGGGACUUCCAGCUGUCCAUGGAGGAGCGCCUGGCCCUCAUCCAGAAGGACCUGAACAACGGCGACGCCUACACCAAGUGGGACCAGAUCAACAUGAACGUGGCCAAGCCCGCCCCGCCGCCGCCGGACAACAUGGUCCGGCCGGGCGGCCCGGACACGCCCGAGAACGGGCCCGCCCCCGUGGACAACGUGGGCCGCCUGGAGAACGGCAACCGGCCGGGCGAGCGCCCGAACGGUCGGGGGGGCGUGGGGGGGGCGGCCGAGCCGGGCGGCGUGCGAGCGACGGCGUCGGCGGGGGUGACGGCGACCAGCGACAUGUCGCUGUCCCGCAGCACCGAGGAGCUGUCCCCGGAGAAGAGGUGCCCCCCUGCCCGGGCGGCGGUGGCCAAGUCCCAGAGCAUCGCCGACAUGGAGGGGGGGGGCGGCGGGAUGAAGCUGUACGGCGUGGAGGCCGACGGCGGCGGCUGCUACGAGCCGGGCGCCGCGGCCAGGAUGGCGGGCGCCGGCCCUGUGCCCCAGGGCCAGAGCAUCGUCCGGAGCAAGUCGGCCUCGCUGCUCAACGACCAGACCCUCCAGGUGUACCCCGGCUCCUCUGCCUCGUCCUCCGACCUGCUGUCCGGCUCCUCCAAGCCCCCCGCCAGCACCAGCAGGUACCCCGUCCCCUCCAGCAUGGCCAUGGGCCUCCCCCCUCCCCAGUACAACGUCCAGUACACCAGCAGCGCCAUGCCCAAAGACGCUCUCUGGAACCAGAGGACCUCCGUCCCUCCCCCAGACCACCAGGCCUACCUCCCUCCUCCCCAGCACUCCCUCGCCAACACCAACUACUCCAACCGCAACCAGGCGCCCCCGUACCCCCACCCCCCUCCGCCCCAGCAGAGGGGCCCCGCGGGGGGAGCCAAGCUGCCCGGGGAGAUGUGGGCCAAGGAGCGCCUGCUGCCCUCCGGUGGGCAGGUGCGGAGCAGCACCCUGCAGAGGCAGAGCAGCAACUCGUCCACCGUCUCCAUGGGCGACCCGCGGCGCGUGCAGGCGGGCGAGGGCGAGUACAUGACCUACAGGGACAUCCACGCCCUGGGCAGGGGGCCCCUGGCCAUGGCCCAGGCCAUGCAGAGGCCCCUGUCGGCGCGCACGUACAGCAUCGACGGCCCCACGUGCGCCCGGCCCCAUGCCCUCGCCCGGCCUCCGCCCAACGAGCUGCCCGAGAGGACCAUGUCGGUCAGCGACUUCAACUACCAGCACGUCAGCCCCAGCAAGAGGCCCCACGCCCGGGUCAAGUCUGAGCACUGUCUGCUGGACGGGCCCGGGGGCAGGGUGCCCACCGACUGGAGGGACCAGGUGAUGCGACACAUCGAGGCCAAGAAGAUGGAGAAGAACGCGCUGUCACGGUCCUAUAACUCCCAUUUGGCCCCGCUGAGCUGCUCUCCUCCCUACGCCAGCUCUAGAGAGGCCCUGCAUGCCAGCCAAGGCUCUCUGCUCUUUAGCUGUGGAGACCCCAGGCCCUACGGAGCCAGGGGCUUCUGUGAUGACGGUUUCCCUCCCCAAGGCCAGCAGAGCUACACCAUGGACCGAAAAGUGCCUUUGAUGAACGGUCAGGUGCGAGCCCCGAUGUCGUCGUCUCAGGCCCCCAUGGCGCGUCACCCCUCCAGGGAGCAGCUCAUCGACUACCUGAUGCUCAAGGUCUCCCAGCAGCCCGGAGGACCCCCGCGUCUCCCCCACGACAUCCUGCAGCAGGAGAUGCGUGUCAAAGUGGAGAAGAACCCGGAGCUGGGUUUCAGCAUAUCAGGGGGGGUCGGGGGGAGAGGAAACCCCUUCCGUCCCGACGACAACUUUUCCCUCUCUCGUUCUCAGGGCAUAUUUGUGACCAGGGUCCAAGCGGAGGGGCCCGCUUCCAAGAUCCUCCAGCCCGGAGACAAGAUCAUUCAGGCGAACGGAUACAACUUUGUGAACAUCGAUCACGGAAACGCCGUGUCCCUCCUGAAGACUUUCCCCAGCACUGUGGAUAUGAUCAUCAUCAGAGAGCUGGCCGCAUAGAGCCCUUGCACCUACCCCCCACCCCCCUCCUUGCCUGAGGGAAAUGCACCACAAGAGAAAGUGGAGGACACAGAAAACUGAAUGUUCCCCCCCCCCGCCCACCUUAUUUUUAUACGCAGAAGAGUCUGGUCUAUAAAUAGAUUUUUUAGGAACCAAUGUACGUUGAAAAGACGUUUCUUGAGCUUUUGUUUCUAAUGGGGAAGAAACCACUGCAUGAAGUGGACCUGGGCUGUCGGGAGGGGGGGAAGGGGAGUGACAUCUGGAAGCAUGCGUUUUAGGGAGCAAUCACUGUGGGGACAGCCCCGUUCCUUUUUACAAAGACGCCGAAGACGUGAUCCGCUCCGACACAAGCAGAGAAGCUGUGUUUUCUGUGAAGACGACCAUCAUGUUGUGUGUUUUUGUUUUUAAAAAUAAUAUUCUUCACCUUCAUCGCCAAGUCCGGUCUAGUUUCUGUUGUAGAGCAUGAACUGAAGCUGACCACUAGGGGGCAUUGCUCUCUCUGUACUGACAUCUUGUUUGCCUUUCUUUUUGUAAUCAUGUCUCUCUUUUUUUUUUUAUAUAUUUAAGAUGCUGAAACCACUCAUAAGUUGUUUUUGGUGAGAUGUGAUCCGGGGGACAAUGUUAUGUGCUUUCUUGUGGUAACGAAUGUAGGACACGACAGCGCUUUUGGGAUGGAGUUUGGAACCGGUAUUUUCCCUGGAUAGACUUUUUGGAAGGUGCUAAACGCGGUAGUCGGUUCGAGGGUAGGUAGAGGAACUCAUCGUUCACCCCACGGUCUCUGUGAACCUGCUGUCCACGGACUACGAUACGGUACUGUUCUCAGUUAGCCUUCCACAGGAGGGAACCUCCAGACGCGAAAGACGUCAUUCUUACCUGAUGAGACCACUGCCUGUGCCGUCACCAACCCUGAACAAAAACCCUUCCCGACGUCACGUUGAGUUGCGGAUGCUGUAAUAUGCCCUCGUGUAUGUGAUGUGUCAGUUGGACUGGGAUACAGUGUGGAACAGCACACCUGUGGGAGCAGCAAAUAUAUCAUUGAGGAGUGCUAAUGCCCGGCCUUAAUGAGCCUAGCCAGGAGUGUAAGAGAGUAGGGGGAGGGAUCACGCUAGGUAACCAAAGCAGGCGGUGGAGAGAAGCUGCAGAGGGGGACUGUCAGAGCUAAAUGGGAGAUGCAUCUUAGGCCUCGCCUGUCCUAAACCAUAAGACAGCCAUUGGAGACGAGAGGACUUGCAUGACUUGAGUUUGAAAGGGUUUCAAUUUAUAUCCUUUGUUUCGUUUCGUUUUUAAGGUGAGAAGCAACCACAGUUUGCCUUCCUGUAUGAGAACACAUCUCGAUAAACAUUUGACUACACUUGUCAUUCUCUUUAUGUUGAAGUAGUGUUUUGAACAUGGACUUAUUCUAUGGUGAAUAGGUUGAUCGAGAGGGAAGAAAACAAAUUGUGAAGUGCCAUAGACCUUGAACUGUUUGUAAAGGGGAUGAGACUGCCCCGAGACCCAAGCAAUAUUCACUCAUCUUCGCAACAAACUGUCAGAGCAAACACAAGUCAUACUAGUUUGAUAGCAAUAGUGAGACACUUUAUUUUGAUUCACGUCAACAUCCAAUUUGCAUUUUUAAAGAAAGAAAAAAAAAUACAGGUUUACAUGAUUUUAUAUUGUGAAGAAUCUUUUUUUAAUGAAAAACUACAUAGGAAAUCGCCCUGCAUAUCAUUUUUUGCAAAUAAAUACAAGCCUGCAAUGUAGUGUGGAAGGCCUGUCGUGCUACACUAGGCUUCUGACUGGGUCGUUUUCGAAGCUUAAUUGAUUUCUUAGAAAACAAAAAGCCCAAAUUGUGACAUGUUUGUGCAGAAUGAUGAAUUUAGACCAGCGUAGAACUAUUUCCAACAAAGCUUCAAAAGCAAAAAAAAAAAGGCUUUUUGUCAUUGAAGUGGCAAACCCUAAAUGCUUCGAAUGCUUUGUGUGAUCAUCUGAUUAUAGAUGUAUGUGUUGUUGCAUGAAAUCACCCAAUGAAUAGUCUACUCAGUGAUGACCCAUUCCUUGAGACGUGUUUCCUAUCAAGAUGGAAAUGAUCAAAUUCACAUAUUUAGAUAUUAGAGUCCUACAAAUGUUUUGGCCCACUUGAAAUAUUUGUAUGCGACCACUGAAUUGUGAAAUUAUGUAAAGUAUUUACCAUAGAUUGAUUUUAAUGGGGGGGGGGGGUUCAACAAUGGGUCAUGAAUGCCAUUCCUUCACAAAUUUGUAUGUAUUCUACUGUACCUGUUUGUAAUUCAAUGUUUCAUCUUGCAAACAGCUCUAUUAUAUACUCAUAGUGCAUUGGUGAAUCAGAUGGAUAACACUGCAAGUGAUGUCUGCCCUCUUCCUGGUGGUAUAAAUUCCCUUUUAAGAUGACCCCCAAACUGAAAAUGUCCUUUUUGGACUGUAGCUCCAGUGACACACUGAAAAGAGAAGGCAUACGUGUCGUUGGGUCACUUUGGUCUAGUGACAGCAAACAGGUUGACAGGUUUAUGAUGCGUUUCCCCUGGACCACUCACAGUGCACCAUAUUCAGAGAUUAAAACAUCAUCUUUUUUUUUUUAUGUGCUGCUUGUUUCUGGCGCUGUUGUUUUGCCUUUUUUGUUGUUGUUGCUGGGAAUAGGAACAAUCUGUUGACAGGUUUUGGGUCACUCAUUCUUUUUACAUGUAUGGCAAAGAGGUGGUAUAGCCUGGUAGACUGAUAGGUGUAGACAAUCGGGGGAAUCAAGUCAAAUCUUUUUGCCAUAUCCAAGAACACAUAUUCACACUUUCAUUGUUUUUAUUUAUUUAGCACAGUCUCCUGUGGAUUUUAGACAUUACUAAUCAAAUGUAAAUACUUUUAAAGAGUAAAAAGCUGAAUUAAUCAUGGCAUUAGUUACCUGUUUGUAAAACCAGCAAUAAAUUGCAAUGCAGAGGCAGUCCUUUCAAUGUAUAGCUACCAUUUUAAAUGUUUCUCUGGAAACUGCUACAGUAAGAUUAUUGAUAUGCAUUUAUUCAACAUUCCAGAUUUUGUAUAUAAUUAUACUGUUUCUGAGGUAACCUGUGGAGAAUAAGAAAUAAACUAAUGCUCUUUAAGAA